CUCGGGGCAGGGGGGCGCCGCGGCUGCGCGUGCGGGGCCCUGCCGGCGCCGGGUUGGGCGGGCGCACGAUGGGGAUCAGCAGGCCCGCCCGAGCUGAGCUACGUCUAGACACUGAUCGACGUUCAUGCCAUGCAAGGCUUCCGCAGAGGCGUUGCUAGCGCCGUGGAGGUGGAAGAAGAUGGUGAAGGAGCUCAACUGUGGGAUUGGCGACACCAUCGAGCGGGUCGUCAGCUCAGUUGUCAAGGCGGCGGUGUCGGCGGCGGUGGAGAAGACCCUUCAGGCGAAGCACGCGGUGCCGCGCCCGAGGCCAUCGCAAGCACCGCCUCAGGAGCAGGACCAGCUGCUGGCGAUCCAGGACAUGGUCGGCUGCCUCGAGUCGCAGUCGAAUGCGGCGCCACCGUCCCCGCCGCCAGGCAGGUGGACGAUGAUCGCGGAGUUGUCGCCGAAAUCGGUCAAGCCCCCGUCCCAUUGGCAGGGAGAUCGUCCAGCGGCCCUGGGCCACAUCGUGAAGAUGGACAACGUGAACCUGAACAACAGUGUCAAAAAGAAAAAGAAGAGCAGAAAGCGGCGAAGGAGCUGCUCCUCAUCGGAGCCGCAGGUGGUCGACUGAGCGUGAACACCUACGAGGUCAACUCCGAGGAGGGCAGGCCCAGAGACGACGACUUGCUGGACGGGUGCGGGUACGAGGUCGCGAAGCAGCUGGAGAUCAUCCCGUGCUUUCCCGCGGUGGUCGUCUGGGAGCAGAUCUACAAGGAGAACGCGGCCGCGUUCGACAAGACAGAGAAGGCGGUGGCCGUGCGGAGCCACAGCAAUCGUGUGGAGUGGUUUGACCUUACCUACGGCGGCGAGGAGGCGAAGUCGGAGGGACAGGAUGGGCAGCUCCAAGCUUGGUGCGAGGAGGGCGCUGUCCAGCGCUCGGGGGACCUUCAGACCGACCUGGAGUACACAGUGAAGGUCUCGAACAGGUUCAAGGCGCUGAGCUACACGGGGAAGAGCUCUGGCACCAACGUGGCUGCCACAACUUGCUGUUCAGCCAAGUCAAGGGAGCUUGCCUCACCUUGCGUCUCGCUGGUGUGCAAGCUGCUGGACGUGUCAGGUGCGAGCUCUGAGAUCAUGGACGAUGGAGCCGAGACGCGGGAUGAGCUCAACGGCUUCAGGAUGAAGAAGAAGAGCAAAGCGCGGGGCAAGCAGGUGGCGCAGAGGUCAGCCGCCACCCGAGGCCCAGCGCAGGUGAGCCUCUCGAAGGACGGUGCCAAGAAGUCCUCCCUGGCUGCCUUCUUCAAGGACUUCCAGGGCACCGCGGCCGCUCACGAGACCUUGAACGACUUCCUAGACUCGGCGAGCAGUGUUAAUGGAGGGUGUCUGGAUGCAGAUGCUCGAGCUCUCCAAGGCUCGGAUUCAGCACUCCCCUGAGUGUCGAGCCAGCUCAGGCCUGAGGGCCAUUGGGCAGCAACCUCAAGGAAGGGCCUCGGCCCCCUCCCCGUGCCGCCGCGGCCACUCGGGAGGUUGCGUAUCCCCCUCUGUGGCUGGCGUCGCGCGGGGGCCUGGCGCGCCAGGCGACCCACGCGCCCGUGCGGCGAGCGAGGCGGGCACCGCCGCCUCGUGGUAGUCUUCAGUCUU